CUCGCGAGAAGAGACGAGAAGUGGUGAAAUCUCGGGAGUCCGACAGCGACGCAGCUGAAGAGGAGAGGAGCGCAGCGCCGUUACCACCUGAACUCAGCCGUUACUCCCUGCAGCCGCCAUGUUGUCCGCUCGGCUCCUGCUGGCUGUCGUCUUCUUCCACAGCUCCGUGUUGGCCGACCAGCGCCGGCUCUCUCCAGAAAAUCUGCUUGUGAUCACCGCGGCAACGGAGGAGACUGAUGGCUUCAAUCGCUUCAUGAGGACGGCCAAAGAGUUCAGCUACAAUGUGAAGGUCCUGGGUCUGGGGGAGCAGUGGAAAGGUGGUGACGUGGCUCGGACCGUGGGUGGAGGUCAGAAGGUCAGAUGGUUGAAGGCGGAGCUUCUCAAACACUCCGACAACAAGGACAUGGUUGUCAUGUUCGUGGACAGCUACGACGUGAUCUUCGCCUCCGGCCCAGAGGAGCUGCUCUCCAAGUUCUCUGGUCUGGGCCACCGGGUGGUGUUCUCGGCGGAGGGGUUCUGCUGGCCCGACCAGAGGCUGGCCUCCAGAUACCCAGAGGUGCAUUCUGGGAAACGCUACCUUAACUCAGGAGGGUUCAUGGGCUUUGCUUCAGACGUCAGUUCGAUGGUCCAACAGUGGAAAUACAAAGACAACGACGACGACCAGCUGUUCUACACCAAGAUCUACCUGGACAAGAAGCAGAGGGCCAACUUCAACAUGACUCUCGACCAUCGUUCCCAAAUCUUCCAAAAUCUGAAUGGAGCUGUUGAGGAAGUGGUGCUGAAGUUUGAGAGGUCAAGGGUCAGAGCCAGGAACGUCGCCUACGACUCACUUCCUGUCAUCAUCCACGGCAACGGCCCCACCAAGCUGCAGCUCAACUACCUGGGGAACUACGUCCCCUCAGCCUGGACCUUCGAGGACGGCUGUGGGGUCUGCGAGGACCAGCUGCUGGACUACAGCCACGCCCCGGACCAGGACAUGCCCCUGGUCUACGUUGCUGUCUUCAUCGAGCAUUCGACUCCCUUCAUGGACGAGUUCCUGGAGCGGCUGACCACACUCAACUACCCGCCGCAGAGGCUCCGCCUCUUCAUCCACAACAACGUGGUGUACCACGAGCUCCACAUCCAGAGGUUCUGGGAGCGUCACAGAGCCCGGUUCCCCGAGGCCGUGCUGGUGGGCCCAGAGGAGAACCUGCAGGAGAACCAGGCCAGAACCAUGGCUGUUGAGGCGUGUAAGAAGGACCCUCAGUGUGAUUACUACUUCAGCAUCGACUCUGACGUGGCCCUCACCAACCGGGACACGCUGAGGACCCUCAUCCAGGAGAACAAGUCAGUCGUGGCCCCCAUGCUGUCCCGCCACGGGAAGCUGUGGAGUAACUUCUGGGGCGCUCUGAGUCCUGAAGGGUUCUACUCGCGCUCCGAGGACUACAUCGAGAUCGUCCAGGCCAAGAGGACGGGCCUCUGGAACGUGCCCUACAUCACGCAGGCCUACCUGAUCCGGGGCCGCGUGCUGCGGGCCCAGCUGGCCCAGGUGAGCCUCUACGUGGACGAGGGCCAGGACCCCGACAUGGUGUUCUGCAGGAGCAUCAGGGACCAGGGCGUCUUCAUGUUCGUGUCUAACCGGGACGAGUUUGGCCGCCUGGUGGCGUCGGCCAGCUACAACACGUCCAGACUGCACCCCGACAUGUGGCAGAUCUUUGACAACCCGCUGGACUGGAGAGAGAAGUACAUCAGUGAAGACUACGCCAAGAUCUUUGAGGAUGAGAAGAACCUCGUGGAGCAGCCCUGUCCAGAUGUUUACUGGUUCCCUGCCUUCUCUGAGAAGAUGUGUGACCACCUGGUGGAGACCAUGGAGCACAAUGGCCAGUGGUCAGGAGGAGCUCACAAGGACGAGCGUCUGGCCGGUGGCUAUGAGAGCGUCCCCACCGUUGAUAUCCACAUGAGUCAGAUCAGCUUUGAGAAGGAGUGGCUGAAGUUCCUCAAGGAAUACAUCGUCCCCGUCACGGAGAGGCUGUACCCAGGCUACUACCCCAAGGCCCAGGCCAUCAUGAACUUCGUGGUGCGCUACCGUCCCGACGAGCAGCCGUCUCUGCGGCCGCACCACGACUCCUCCACCUUCACCAUCAACAUCGCCCUGAACAGUAAAGACGUCGACUACGAGGGGGGGGGCUGCCGGUUCCUGCGUUACGACUGUCAGGUGGAGUCUCCGAGGAAGGGCUGGUCCUUCAUGCACCCGGGCCGCCUGACCCACUACCACGAGGGCCUGCCCACCACCAGAGGGACCCGCUACAUCAUGGUGUCAUUCGUAGACCCCUAGCAACACUGUGUGUGUGUGUGUGUGUGUGUGUGUGUGUGUGUGUGUGUGUGUGUGUGUGUGUCGACCUCAUCACAAUGGAGACAGACGGGACAGAAAUAGACGUGAUGAACUUGAAUGCAUCGUCUCCAUGUUUUCCUCCCUGACUUCUGAGGUCUUGUUUCCGAUUGGAUGAUCCACAUCUACGACAUUUCAAAAUAAGAGCUCGUUGAGGCUAAGCUCACGAGUCUUCACGCUGCCUUAUCUUCUGGAGCUGAACACACUCCGUCAGCACUGAGCCGGACCUCCAGGACCACCAGCUCCUCUGGUCCGUUUCUGACCAAGUUGGACAAACUUGUUAUUUGAAGGCACGUCGUCAGGGGGCUGGAGCGCCACAGUCACACAUCUAAGAUAUAUAUAUAUAUAUAUUAAGAAUUCAGAGGAGUCAAGUGUGUGAAUGGAGUUUUAAGGAGGUGAAACUGUUUCUGGGAAAACACUCGAGGCCUUUUUUAUAUUUCUAUGUUUUAUUCUUCAUUGUUUAGUGUUUUAAAUCAUGUCUUUGGAGUAUUUUUCUAUCGUGGUGAGUCACGGACAGACUCUGAGUCUUCGUCUCUGGCUUUGUAUAAACUGCGUUAAAUUAUUUGACUGAACGAAUAAAGUUUUGAGAUUUGAAUUCCUU